AGCCGGAUUAGCUGGCAAGCUAACGCAGCGACACAAUACAAGCUGCCUGCUAGGGGAAAAAGUUUACUUAAUCUAGUGUUCGUCCCAGUCUAUGAUUCAUUCAGUCAGCAUAGUGUAGCUAUACUGACAGCUUGGGAUAAACUGAAUACCGAUAGCGUGGUGUUAGCAAGCCGGCUACUUAAUUAGCUAGCCGACUAAGUUGGGGAAAUGGGUUUAUGAGUUUAGCGGGCUAACCGUAGCGAGGGACCUGUGAUCUCGUCCUAUGACCACACAUCCAGCAGUAAAAGGGAGACCCCUGCUCGGUGUCUAAUGGACCCGGCACCCGUAAUCACGAACCCCCAGCCCCCCCGCAAGAAGAGGCCCGAGGACUUCAAGUUCGGCAAGAUCCUCGGAGAAGGCUCCUUCUCUACGGUUGUUCUGGCGAGAGAACUGUCGACAUCAAAGGAGUAUGCAAUCAAAAUCCUGGAGAAGCGGCACAUCAUCAAGGAGAACAAGGCCCAGUACGUCAAGAGGGAGCGCGACGUCAUGUCGCACCUGGACCACCCCUUCUUCGUCAAGCUCUACUUCACCUUCCACGACGAGGAGAAGCUGUACUUCGGCUUGAGUUAUGCCAAGAGCGGGGAGCUGCUCAGGUACAUCCGCAAAAUAGGCUCUUUUGACGAGACCUGCACCAGGUUCUACUCGGCAGAGAUCGUCUGCGCGCUGGAAUAUCUGCACGCCAAGGGGAUUAUACACAGGGACCUGAAACCAGAGAAUAUUUUACUGAAUGAAGAGAUGCACAUUCAAAUAACGGACUUUGGGACCGCAAAGCAGUUGUGUCCGGACAGCAAGCAAGCGCGAGCGAACUCGUUCGUCGGAACCGCGCAGUACGUCUCUCCGGAGCUGCUGACGGAGAAGUCCGCCUGCAAAAGCUCAGACCUGUGGGCUCUGGGCUGUAUAAUCUACCAGCUGGUGGCAGGACUCCCCCCAUUCAGAGCCGGAAACGAGUACCUAAUAUUCCAGAAGAUCAUAAAGCUUGAAUAUGAAUUUCCGGAGAAGUUCUUCCCAAAAGCGAAGGAUCUCGUUGAGCAGCUGUUAUCUUUGAACCCCUCGAAGCGGAUUGGCUGCGACGAGAUGGGCGGGUACAACCCCCUGAGGGGGCACCCCUUCUUCGAGAGCAUCUCGUGGGAGAACCUGCACCUGCAGACGCCCCCCAGCCUCACCCCCUACCUGCCCGCCAUGUCCGAGGACGAGGAGGACUGCUACGGCCAUUACGACGACCUCCUCAGCCAGUUCAGCAGCCUGCAGGUGGAGCAGUCCGGCUCCUCCCGCUCGCUGUCCGUGCCCGACAACGCCCCCCCGCAGAGGUCCCGCAGCAACAUCGAGCAGUACGUCCACGACCUGGACAACAACGCCUUCGAGCUGGACCUGCAGUUCUCCAACGAGGAGAAGCUACUGCUGCUGGAGAAACAGACCAGCAGGAACCCCUGGCACCAAUUUGUAGAGAAUAAUUUGAUACUGAAGAUGGGGCCGGUGGACAAAAGGAAGGGGCUGUUCGCGCGGCGGAGGCAGCUGCUGCUCACCGAGGGGCCGCACCUGUACUACGUGGACCCGGUCAACCGGGUCCUGAAAGGCGAGAUCCCCUGGUCCCCCGAGCUCCGCCCCGAGGCCAAGAACUUCAAGACCUUCUUCGUUCACACGCCCCACAGGACGUACUAUCUAAUGGAUCCCAGCGGGAACGCGGACAGGUGGUGCGAUAAGAUUCAGGAAGUGUGGCGAAAGAUUUACCACAAGCACCAGAACGCCGGUCUGUAGCUGUAGCCCCAGCGCCUAAGAGAUCUACCCGCCCUCGCUGUGACAGGACCCCCCAGGACUGGGGGCCUCUGCCACCCCCCCCCCCCAAACCAGCCCUUCCUCACCAACUUUGACACCACUUUUGUGUUUAGUUUUUUUUUUUUUUUUUUUUUUUAUUUACCAAGGCUGGCUUCAGAAUGUCAGUUAAUGAUAAAUAAUAAUAAAUAUAGCAAAAAGAAGGGUAAUGGAAGGGUUGCUACUGCUUUGCCUGCUUUAUGUGCUUUUACUGACGAUUCGGACACAUGUCGCUUGCGUUCGUACGAUUCAGAUGCAUAUCGCUGAAGUUCGGACAAUUUAGAUGCAUAUCGCUCACGUUUGGACAGAAUUCAGACAUGCAUCUACAUGCGUAUCGCUCUCAUUCAGACGAUUCAGACGCGUGUCGCUCUCAUUCAGACGAUUCAGACAGGUAUCACUCUCAUUCAGACGAUUCAGACGCGUGUCGCUCUCAUUCAGACGAUUCAGACGCGUAUCGCUCUCAUUCAGACGAUUCAGACGCGUAUCGCUCUCAUUCAGACGAUUCAGACGCGUAUCGCUCUCAUUCAGACGAUUCAGACGCGUGUCGCUCUCAUUCAGACGAUUCAGACGCGUGUCGCUCUCAUUCAGA